AGACUUCACAGGCCUGCCUUGGCCUCAGCGCGCCGGAAGCGGAAGUCAGGAGGCGGUCGGAUUCUGGCCGAAGUGGCUCUGUUACCUGGGAGAGCUGAAGGAGUGUACACAGAGGUACUGUGCCAGCGCCCUGGACUGGAGAUCUACACAAUCUAAACAUUAAACAGAACAGUCGCCUCAAAUCCCUGAGAGACUUCCCUGGUGGCUCAGAGGAAUUUCAGAAUGACUGACACUUCUGAAGCUGUUCCAAAUUUUGAAGAGAUGUUUGCCAGUAGAUUCACAGAAGAUGACAAAGAAUACCAAGAAUACUUAAAACGCCCUCCUGAGUCUCCUCCGAUUGUUGAAGAAUGGAAUAGCAGAGCUGGUGGCAGCCUGAGAAAUAGAGGCAAUCGGUUGCAAGAUAACAGACAGUUUAGAGGUAGGGAUAGCAGACGGGGGUGGCCAAGUGACAAUCGAUCCAAUCAAUGGCAUGGACGAUCCUGGGGUAACAAUUACCCGCAGCACAGACAAGAACCUUACUACCCGCAUCACUAUGGACACUAUGGUUACAACCAAAGGCCUCCCUAUGGCUACUACUGAUAGAAGUCACCAACUUUUAGUAAAAUUAUUUACUCUGUUAACAUGACAAAAGUUUACAUUGUAUCUUUUGUUGGUCCUAGUUUUACAUCUGAUUGUAGAAAAUGGAUUGUUAAUAUUUUGGAACUUGGGACUUUUAAAAAAUUAGCUCUUACUGGAGAGACAUGAUGGUUGCUGGAAAUAAAUACUCCCCUAAAAAGGUUGUGGGUUAUAUUGCUUGACUUCUACCUCAGAUUCGUCUUUGUUUCAUGACUUAAUAGUGCUUUGAAUGUUGUAUAUAAUUUUCCUUGUUAGACCUUCAGGAGUUGUCUUUGUUUUACACAGAAAUAAAAAUUUUAUGUAGAAAAUGCUUGCUUUUAAUUUGUAAGAUGAAGUAUCCCUACACUCAGUUGUGCGCAUUCCUAAAAUUUUACACAGGGAGUACAAUCAGCUCCUAAAUGCACCACUAUGCUACUUAUGAUGUGUUGUACCCAGUAGUAAUUGAAAGGUAAAACAACUGUAGUAUAUUUCAUUUGGCUUUUGUUGUUAUGUGAAUGUGGAACUUUGUAGUUACUCUACAGGUAUGAGUCAUCUUCACAAUCAUUUUGGUCUCUUUAUAGAGGGAUAUCAAGAAUAAAGCUAUAAAAUCAGGAAGGAA